GUGACCUUUCAUUCUCUAAACUUUGUUCAAUUCCAAACAACCACCGUCUACAACACUCACUGACCCUUGUUUAUCCCUCCCACCAGAAUGUCUGACAAGUUUCUUACGGUCCCACACCAUACAACCGGAAGAAAGCUGCCGAUACCUGCUGCAUCCACCACUAGCAUUCCGAGCAGGUGCAUCAGUCCCGAGAAACUAAACAGUCUUCUAAAUGAGAAGUUUCCAUCUGGAAACUAUAACGUGGACGUCAGUCAAAAUGUGUAUCAAAUACGAGCACCCAGGCAUCUCAGCGAGGUAUGAGUUUAAACCAAAACCCCGGAGGUCGUCUUAAUCGCUAACUCCUUAAAGCUCGAGCUUUUUCGGUAGCGAAUCCCGUGGCUGGCUUAAGACCAUUGUACAUUACAAGCUUUCAUCAUUCAUGUGAUCUAGGGCUUAGGCACGACUUCAUUGCAGGGGAAGUUGGAACUUGACACCUUAUAUACACCCA